UCAAUCUAAACCCCGCACUCGGCUCCUCUGCUCGUACCAUGAGCUGAAUCUGUCCGGGACAGACCAGGGAAGAUGGCGGCCACUGACCAUUCCCGGUCCGAAGCUGCCAAACAGCGACGGCAGGAUCAGCUGCAGCGAUGGCUGGGCUCGGAGACGGACCGGACGGGCUCGGAGGCCCGCGAAACCUCGAGCGGUUCCGGGACGCGGCGGGCGAAAGUCCGGUUCGCCCAAGGAGCCGUGUUUAUGGCCGCCUGCUCCGCCGGGGACCGGGAGGAGGUUUCUGCGCUGCUCCGGCAGGGAGCUGACAUCAACCACGCCAACAUAGACGGACUGACAGCGCUUCACCAGGCCUGCAUCGAUGAAAACGCUGAGAUGGUGCAGUUUCUGGUGGAGAGCGGGAGCGAUGUCAACAGAGGAGACAACGAGGGCUGGACUCCUCUUCACGCUGCAGCCUCCUGCGGUUUCCUCCAGAUCACUAAAUACCUGAUAGAACACGGUGCUCAAGUUGGGGCGGUGAACAGCGAAGGAGAGCUUCCUCUGGAUGUUGCCACAGAAGAUGCGAUGGAAAGGCUGCUCAAAGGUGAAAUCAAGAAACAAGGAAUCGACGUGGACAAGGCUCGGAAGGAGGAGGAGAGGAUCAUGCUCCAGGACGCCACGGCAGUGCUGGCGGGAGGUGGCACUCUCACACCUCACCCAAACACCAAGGCAACAGCUCUGCACGUCGCCGCUGCCAAAGGCUACAUCGAAGUCCUGAAGGUACUGUUACAGUGUAGGGUGGAUGUGGACGGCAGGGACAUCGACGGGUGGACGCCCCUGCAUGCGGCGGCUCACUGGGGGCAGGAGGAGGUGUGCACCCUGCUAGCUGACAACAUGUGCGAUAUGGGUGCUGUCAACAAUGUGGGACAAACACCUCUAGAUGUUGCAGACGAGAACCUUGUGGACGCUCUGGAGGAGCUACAGAAGAAGCAGAACGCUUUACGCAGCGAGAAAGAGAAACAGACUCCUGUUAUUGAGACCAGUCCGCCAAUCUCCAUGGUACCAGUUCGCACACGCAGGACUUCUAUCUCUCGUAUGAGCAGCAAGGAGAAGAUCUGCCUCCACGAGCGGGAGAAGCACCCGCCUCCUGCCCUGCAGAGCAGUCCGGCGGAGGACGAGGAGGAGGAAGGCCAGACGGGACAGAGCCAGACUCAGAGCCAGGCGAAAGCCUCCAGCAGCUCCAGCUCAGAGGAGGAGAGCGAGUCUGAGAGUGACGCUGAGUCAGAGAAAGCAAAAAACAGAGAAAUCAUAAACAACUUGAACAACAAACGCAAUGCCAGCCUGCUUCCUACCUCCAUGUCAUCGAGUACCACUGCAAGCCAAGUGAAAAAGCAGGAACCAAGUAAGCCUCCAGCCACUGAAGCCCCGGGCUCAUGGAGAACAUCUCUGAGGAAGGCAGGCAGUUCUGUGACUCUGGGCUCAGCUGGUCUGUCUGAUGCCAGCCAGGACACGAGCAGACCUGCAGAGUCUGGACUGGGCAUGACCCGCUCUGCCUCCAGCCCCCGCCUCAGCUCUGAGGCCGACACCAAGGAGCCAAGACUCGCUCGAGUACCACCCAUUCCUACACGGAGACUCUAUAGUAUUCCAGAUAGCCGACCUGACAACUCCAACAGCUGGCUAAGCCGUAGCUCCUCUUACACCCGACGCCUUCAUAGUCAGUCAGGGAAUGAGUUCACUAGUUCCACCCCAUCUUUGCUUCACAGCUCAUCUUAUGGAAAGAGACUGGAUGACCCCAGCGUGACCUCAGCUAGCACAGGAACAAGCUCUACUGGACUCAGCCGCCUUAACAGUGUCUUAGCUCAAAGAAUUCCUCAGGAACAGACAGAAAAGAAGGAUCAGUCUGCCGUCACCACCUCCAACUCUCAGAGCACAACAACAGGCGAACAGGAGACCAAGCAGAGGCGCAAGUCUUAUCUGACACCUGUUCGGGAUGAGGAGGCGGAGGCUCAGAGGAAAGCUCGUUCCCGACAUGCACGGCAGUCCCGCCGCUCCACUCAGGGGGUGACACUAACAGAUCUUCAGGAGGCAGAGAAGACCAUGAAGACCAUGAAGACGGACAAUAAAGGGAGAGAAAAGGAGGAAGAGAAGGAGAAAGAGAAGGAAGCAAAACAGAAGAAGGGAGAGGAGGGGGAAGUGAGCUGGAGGUCUCGCAUUGCCAGCCUGCAGAAGUCGGAUCUGCUGGGCCUCACGCAGCCUGCUGGCACUCCUCGGCCUCAGACCUCUGACAGGAGAGAUGUUGAGGCCAGCACAGGGGAGAGUGAGACAGAGCGAUGGGCCAGGGAGCGCAGGGAGAGGAGGCAAGCUCGGGCCAGAAGGAAGGCACAGAGGACCGGGGAGAGUGACGACAAUGAUCCCAGUGGGGAAGAAGAGUUCUCAGGCAGUGGGCUGGAUCCACAGACAGGCCAACACUUGAGUUCCAGGUUGAAUGCAUCCUGUAACGAUCGCACCCAGGGAGGAGGAUCUGAGACCAAGGAUUUUAAGAAGUUGUUUGAGGAGGUGUCCAGAGAGAACAGCCAACUCCAGUCUCAGCUGCAGGACACUCAGAGGAUCAUCAGUCAGACCAGGUUGGACCUGGAGAAGGCCACUCAGAGACAGGAGCGCUUCAGUGACUGUUCCGCCCUGCUGGAGCUGGAGAGAAAGGACCGGAGGAUGUUGGAGCGGCGAAUGGCAGAGCUGGAGGAGGAGCUAAAGGUUCUGGUUGACCUGAGAGCAGACAACCAGCGUCUUAAAGAUGAAAAUGGAGCACUGAUCCGUGUCAUCAGCAAACUCUCCAAAUAGACAGAGAGACAUACGGAGAGCAGGGAGCCCCCCUCCCUCCAUCCAUCCAUCCAUCCAUCCAUCCAUCCAUCCAUCCCUCCUUCCAUACAUUCCUCCCAGUGCCAAAGAGUGAGAGAGGGGGGAGAGAAGCAGCAGAAUGUCCUAUGUACAUGAACACCACAGCAUGACUUGGAUUGUGAAACCUCCCUGUGAACAGCUGGAGUGUCUUUUGUGUGCCUUAAUGUCACAGGAAGACCUGUGGCUACGGCCAGAGGCUCCCACAGUAGCAACAUGAGACCUGACAACAGCCAAAGCGUUCACAGAACACAACAACGUCCUGCUGUGCGUCUGGGGAACGCUACCAUGCACACACAGUCCUAUGCGUGCAUCUAUAUUUCCUUGAUGCACAUUCCACUGAGCACACAAGACGGCUUGGGCCUUAAAGCUCCCACUUUGUAUUUAUUUUUUUUUGUGAACACAUUCACGUCACACAUUCACAAUUUUUCCCCACUUACAGUCCAAGUCCAAAUCUAAAGUGUUUUCAAGCAGUAAAAGUUUUUUAUGCGGAUUCUUCUUUACAAACUCUGAAGCACAUUUCAGGCUCUGCCUUCACAUUCAGCGACGUCCUGACAGCAGGGGAAGUCCAUGAAGCUCUGUUGGGUUGUUUUGUUUCCACAUGCAAUUGUUUGAACCCACCUACCUCUCCACCUAUGCACUUCCCCACAUGAUUUUUAUUUUUGUGACCACAGACACACUCCAUGCUCUUAAAAAUGACCGCAGAACCAGGUCAGUCGACCACAGCACUUUACUCUCUGCAAAGCAAUAAAGAUCUGUGAGGCUUUGCCCGUCCUUCAGACAGAAAACUUCACUUCAGAGCACCUUCUCACCUUGAGCAAGUAGAGGGAGAAGUUACCCUGAAGGGCAAAGGCCAUUGCACAGUUACAGAAAUUGCUGUUCUGUCAAAACCUAUUAUGCUAUGAAUGGUUUUAACUAUUACCAUUGAUAAAGAUAUUAUUUUCAUAGUUUUUCAUUGUCCAUUCCUGUCUUAAUAAGGAGCAUGGUUAUGUAUAUGUGUAUAAAUGUCAGUCUUGAAUUAUCCCCCUUUGAAUUAAAAUUCCAUGUAGCCUCUCUUCACAUUUUGGUUUUCUAAUAUAUUAAAUGGAUGUCUGCACCCUAAUAAAAAAGUGUGUUUGUAACAA